CAUAGUAACUGGUCACACUCUCUGUUGCGUCCCGAACGGUUCAGAAACUUUUUAUUUUCGAAAGUAUUUGCAGAUGUCGUAUCGAAUGCUGGCAGCUCGCGUGGUGCAGAUAUAAUUUCGAGUAUGUGGCUCUUUCGAACGAAGAGGGAGAGGUUGCCUACUUCGACUUGCGACGGACCGGCGAUUGUGUCAACGCCCGACGGAGCUGUGCCUGCUGUGCAGGUCGUCUCGCAAAUGUACAACGUCAUGCCUAGAAAAAGAGGGCUCAUUGGCUGGCUGUGGGCUCUCACGGGGCACCGACGGGAACCCUGUAUGAAACCAGAUGUAGGAGGAGAAAUGCAAGUGAUGUUACCCAACCAAGCACAAGACAUAGUUAGUUCGGGCGACGUGUGCUUAUUAGCUGAGAGCCCUUACAGGAUACUCAGAGCGGCUGAAAGCGGAAAUGUGGAAGAUUUUAAGCGCUUGUAUUUGACGGAACCCUCUCGUCUAUCAGUGCACGACACGCGGGGGCGCACCGUGGCUCAUCAAGCAGCAGCUAGGAAUAACACAAAUAUACUACAGUUCAUUGUUCGCUACGGUGGAGACUUAAACAUUUCUGACAACUUCGGGAACACACCAUUGCAUGUGGCUGUCGAGAAUGGUUCUCUGGAUGCGAUAGAAUUCCUGCUAAAUCACAAAGUCAAUACAAGCGUCUUGAAUGAAAAAUCACAGGGACCUCUACAUCUCGCUACUGAACUCAAUAAGGUGGCAGUUCUGCAGCUGUUUGUUAAAUUCAAGUCUGCGUUUAACGUUGACCUCGGCGGCGAACAUGGACGUACCGCAUUACACUUUGCAGCCAUACAUGAUCAUGAUGUUUGUGCACGGAUUUUGAUAACUGAACUCGGCGCAGAAUGUAAACGGCCGUGUAACAAUGGUUACUAUCCAAUACAUGAAGCAGCAAAAAACGCUUCAUCUAGAACAAUGGAAAUAUUUUUACAAUGGGGGGAGUCUAAGGGAUGUACCAGAGAACAAAUGAUUUCUCUAUAUGAUAACGAAGGGAAUGUUCCCUUGCAUUCGGCUGUACACGGAGGAGAUAUCAGAGCUGUUGAACUAUGCUUGAGAUCUGGCGCAAAGAUAUCUACUCAACAAUAUGAUUUGUCCACGCCAGUCCAUCUUGCGUGUGCGCAGGGCGCACUCGAAAUUAUCGAGCUAAUGUUUCGUAUACAACCAGAAGAAAAGGAUGCCUGUCUGAAAUCAUGUGACGUACAAAGGAUGACACCGCUUCACUGCGCCGCUAUGUUUGACCAUCCCGACAUUGUUAGCUUUCUUGUCGCUCAGGGCUCGGACAUAAAUCCUUUGGAUAAAGAAAUGAGAUCUCCAUUACUUCUAGCUGCUUCAAGAGCCGGGUGGAGGACAGUUCAAGUUUUGAUUCGUCUCGGAGCUGAUGUCGAACUUAAGGAUGUAAACAACCGUAAUGUUCUACACCUCGUCGUGAUGAAUGGAGGACGCUUGGAGGAUUUCGCGGCUACUUGUAAGAAUCUUUGCGAGAGCAGUCUAACGAAGCUUCUUAAUGAAAAAGAUAACACAGGCUGCUCUCCCCUCCACUACGCUAGUCGCGCAGGACACAUACGGUCCUUGCAGAAUCUUAUAAAACUCGGCGCCUGUAUAAACCUGAAGAACAAUAAUAACGAGAGUCCAUUGCACUUUGCUGCCAGAUACGGACGGUACAACACUGUAUGUCAACUGCUAGACUCAGAUAAAGGUGCUUUCGUUAUAAAUGAAAGUGACGGUGAGGGUCUUACUCCACUGCACAUUGCCUCACGUGAGGGACAUUCGCGGGUCGUGCACCUUCUGCUCAACCGUGGAGCACUGCUGCACAGAGAUCACAACGGCCGCAACCCGCUCCAUCUAGCGGCCAUGUUCGGCUACACCAAAACAAUAGAGCUGCUACACUCAGUUCAUUCGCACUUACUUGAUCAAUCGGAUAAAGAUGGAAAUUCGCCUCUGCAUUUAGCUACUAUGGAAAACAAACCGAACUCUAUCGCAUUACUGCUAUCUAUGGGAUGUCGCUUGAGUUACAAUAACCUGGACUUGAGCGCUAUCGACUAUGCCAUCUAUUAUAAAUUCCCCGAAGCAGCUCUCGCUAUGGUUACUCAUGAGCAAAGGGCAAACGAAGUAAUGGGCUUACGAUCAGAUCGCUACCCUUGCGUCACACUUGCACUCAUCGCUGGCAUGCCAAACGUGUUUGAAGCGGUGCAGGAUAAUUGUAUCACAAAAGCGAACUGCAAGAAGGACUCUAAAAGCUUCUACAUCAAAUACAACUUUCGGGUGUUCUGCCCGAAAACAAAAACCGAUGACGAUAACAACCGAAAGCCCGACAGUUCUCUGAAAUCAAAGAAUAUUCCUUUAGCAGCUCUGAAUGCUAUGGUAGCUCAUGGUCGUGUGGAACUGCUAGCUCAUCCUUUGAGCCAAAAAUACCUUCAGAUGAAGUGGAAUUCAUAUGGGAAGUAUUUUCAUCUCGCGAAUGUACUAUUCUAUUGCAUUUAUCUAACUUUCGUCACACUAUUCACUUACAAGUUGAUGAGUAAGCCAAUGGUUAAUGAUAAAAAAUCCAAUAAAACUGAUAUUAAUUUUGGCUCAAACGAAACUAAUUCGACAGACAUCGCUGACAAAAAAGAUUUCGAAACUAUGAUCGCUAUCUAUGCAAGCACGGUUGCCGUUCUUUUCUACAACAUCAUGUGUCUUAUACGUGAAUUAUGCAACAUGAAGGAGCAGAAACUGCACUACAUUGUGGACCCUUCAAAUUUUGUUUCAUGGACUUUAUACGUGAGCUCAACGCUAACGGUAUUACCAACGAUAUAUCCAAUUUACGGAAAUAUACAGCUAUCAGCAGCAUCAAUAACAAUAUUUUUGUCCUGGUUCCAUCUUCUACUACUUCUCCAACGUUUCGAUCAAGUCGGAAUAUACGUAGUGAUGUUCCUUGAGAUCUUGCAAACACUCAUUAAAGUCUUGAUGGUGUUUUCGAUUCUCAUUAUAGCUUUUGGGCUAGCUUUCUACGUACUGUUAUCAAAAGGUCAGCACUUAUCAUUUAGCACGAUCCCGAUGUCUCUGAUCCGCACGUUCGCUAUGAUGCUCGGGGAAUUAGAUUUCGUUGGAACAUAUGUGCAGCCAUUUUACAAAUCUGAAAGCGAAACUGACCUGCCUUUUCCACUUCCGACGUUUUUUAUCCUGGUACUCUUCAUGGUUUUUAUGCCGAUACUUCUGAUGAAUCUUCUCAUCGGUCUGGCGGUUGGUGACAUCGAGAGUGUCCGACGCAACGCUCAACUCAAACGCCUAGCUAUGCAAGUGGUCCUGCAUACUGAACUGGAAAGGAAGUUGCCCAAGAUAUGCCUCGACAGAGUGGACAAGGACGAACUUAUUGAAUAUCCCAAUAAUAAGAAAUGUAAGCUUGGAUUCGUUGAUUUUAUCUUGCGCAAAUGGUUCUGCAACCCAUUUUCUGACGAAGGUAAUGGCCUGGAUCUCGUUUUGGAGAACAGUGAGGAUUAUAUAGCAACUGAGCUGGAUAAGCAAAAGCAUCGACUCCGAGACAUGUCAAAAUAUCUCGAGCAACAAUACACUCUGUUGCGGUUGAUUGUUCAGAAAAUGGAGAUAAAGACCGAGGCGGAUGACGUUGAUGAGGGCGUUUCCACAACGGAAACUCGCGUCGUGCCGCGCUGGAGCUCACCUCGUAUCCGCAAGAAGCUGCGCUCCGCCUGUUCCUUCAACAGGGGAGGUUAA